AGUCUCCAGUUCAGGACAUGUGCUCUGCCUGUUUUAAGCCUGUGUACCCCAUGGAGAGGACGACAGCAGGUACAUCAAUAUUCCAUCACUCCUGUUUCUGCUGCAAGCACUGCCAAAAGAAAUUGAGCCUCUGCAAUUACGCAGCUCUUCUGGGGGAAUUCUACUGCAUAUUUCAUUACCAGCAACUCUUCAGAGAGAAAGGAAAUUAUGACGAGGGGUUUGGACGCAAGCAACACAAGGAUCAGUGGCUCCAGAAAAAUGCACAGCUUCCCACAGAACCUGAGCAUAAUGAGGAAAUGGCUUGCAGAGAUUCAAAGAGGGAGCCCAGCACUUCUGAAGGGUCACAAUCCCCAGCUGACUUGUCAACACCUGUACAAAAGCAAACAUUAGAGAGUAGAUCAGACCCCCCAAACAAGCUGAGAGUCAGCUGGCCUCCACCAACAAACGCAGGUGAAAAGUUACACACAUCACCUAAAGACACAGAGAAAAAUAAAGCCAGGGGGGGAUUUACUGACACAAAGCUAGCUUUAGAGCAAAAUAAAGAUGUUUCUGAGAGUGAGUCACCAGACAAGAUGCUGUCCCGGCUGGUAAAAAGUGAUUCAAGCAAAACACUUACUCUAUCUCCCUUCAUUUUAGGCAAACAAAAGGCUAGUCCCGUUUUUCCCACUCAAGCCAAAAAUGGGGUAGAGUUGAAGAGUCUGGAGCAGGUUAAGCAGACAGCAGCAGUAAGCGUGCCAGACAAACCACAGACAGUAUCGUCCAAGUCAGGGAAAGUGUCAGCCAUGAUUGCCAAGUUUCAAGAUAGCACACCUACAAAGGGAAGUCACAUUUCUCCAAGUAACAAAAACAAUGAGCAAACGCCUUUGUCAGGUAAGACGAUCAAAUCAGUUAAUUUCCUAGAGGAUAAAACUAUGCAGACCAGCAUGGUGAAGGUGACUAAGAGUGACAGAAAUUCAAAUACAGAAAAUGAAAACUACAGAAGCCAACUUAAAACAAAUCAGAAUAGUGAAGUAGACAGCAGUCCAGCAGCAUCUGCCCCCAACGAGGGAUCUAAACCUCUGGUCAGUUCCGAAGUGAAAACCAAGCAUAGUCCAGCUUCUCUCAAUGUGAAAGCAGGAUUAUUUACAGAACCAGUAGAAAACAAUCAUCUGAGUGAAACCCACAUGACAACUGUUGAUAGAAGUGUGAAAGAGGGACUCUCUUACUCUUCUGUUGAGAGCAAGUUCAUACAGUCAGAGCACAUAACCACAACUCCUACUAAUACUACUAAAGCAAUAGAACCAAACCUAUCAGUUUACAACAAAGAAGAAACUUCAAUGAAGCAUUCUCAUAGUGAAGUAAACCAUCCGGCUGUUUGUGAUGAAAGCUUGCCUAAAAGAAAAAUAGAAAUGAAAACUGAUGUUAUCGACACAUCAAAUGCAGACCUGAAGGAUACUGACCCCAAUACUGAGGGCAACCAACCCAGUACUCCAGGACAGAAUUCAUUAACUCCCAACUCAGAAGAGAAAGGCAGCUUUACAGAAAAUAAUGUAACCAACAGCAUGCCCAGUGUUAAUGGAAAUAGUGAAAAAACAGAGAAAGAAACAGAGUCCUCACCUAAAAAGAUUGAUGCUUUGAGCACCUCCAUCUCUAAAGGCAAAGAGAACGGGAAGACUCAUGCCAGGAAGGAGUCCUGGUCAAAAGCGACAGGGGUAGGAAAAAGCCCCUUCUUAAAGCUAUUUAAUCCAGGCAGCAAAGACAACAUUGACAAGAAGGAACAAACAGAAAGCAAAAAGCCUGAGGCAAAGCCCAGGUCUGUCUUGGGCAAAUUAUUCCAAUCUUCGUCAGAAAAGGGCAAAGAAACUAAAAAGGAAAGGGAAAAUGAAACUAAUAGUCCUAAAGAGGCUCUCGAGAAAGCUGAAGGCAAAGAGCAGGCUGAACCCAAAGAGGAAAUCCUCCACAAGGAUAACAAGAAUGCCAUGCCAGCUGAGGAACAUCAACAUGGCAGAUCUUCAGUCCCAACUGAAACUCAGGAUACUUUGGGUAUAGAGUCAGAACAAAUCAGACAAAACAUAGAUGUUAACCUUAUUGAAAACAUAUCAAAUGGCUCCUCAUCUGAAAACAUUAAUCAGUAUAGAUCUGCUGAACCCUUGUUAGCAGAAGCUGAAACCAAAGUCAGAAGCUCUGAUAAGAACAUCAACAACACAAUCAAAAGUAAGGAGGCUGACUUGAGUUUGUCAAAUAGUUCUCCAGUCGGAACUGUCAAUCCAUUUGGAGAAUCUGAAACCCUGUUAACACAAACUGAAACCAACUUCAACAGCGCUGAGAGGAACAUCAGCAUCACUCUCACAAGUAUGGAUCCUGCCUUCAAUUUGAAUAUAUCUACCCCAGAUCAAACCGAGCAUAGCCUUGAUUCAAACCUGGUACACGAUAUGUCAAAUAGUUCUCCAAUCGAAACUGUCAAUCCAUUUGGAGAAUCUGAAACCGUGUUAACACAAACUGAAACCAACUUCAACAGCGCUGAGAGGAACAUCAGCAUCACUCUCACAAGUAUGGAUCCUGCCUUCAAUUUGAAUAUAUCUACCCCAGAUCAAACCGAGCAUAGCCUUGAUUCAAACCUGGUACACAAUAUGUCAAAUAGUUCUCCAGUCGGAACUGUCAAUCCAUUUGGACUGCCUGAACCUGAGUUAACAGAAGAUGUGAGCAACGUUGAGAAAACAGUACCAAGUAUGGAGGCAGACGUUAAUUCGAGUUGUCAUAUCUCAGAGCAGGGAAGCCCUAAUUCGAGCAGUCCCUCAGACACCACGGAUCCAUACGUUCCCUGUGAAUCUGUGUUAACACAAACAGAAUCCCAUGUCAGAAACAUUGAAAAUACAGAAACACUUGAUUCUCAAACUGAGACCAUGCACAGUGUUCAAAGUCUAGCUUUUGAAAAUGCAGGAAACCCAUUUGGAUUGGAACAACCAUCUGCAAAACCAAUUGAAGAUCAUCUUGACAUAUUUGGAACCAGUACUGAACCUGUGUUCCCUAAUACAUCGCCGGCCCUGUCUUCUGCUGAGAGUGAUCAAUUCAAUAUCUUCAAUCUAAAUGUUGGAAGUGAGCAACUGGAAGGCAGCAGCACUCCAUUUGAUCCAAGCCAGGCUUCACUUAUGCAGGCAGAGGUUAAUACGAUAACACUGGAUGAUACUCUUGACAUUUUCAGCACAAAUAUUCAAAGCACGCCUCUGUCGAAUGUUGAUUUGUUUGGUGCUGAUUUUACAGGCUUGGACUCUUUCUCAGGGCAGUCAUCCUCCUCUUUUCCAGAAGAUAUCUUUGGUGUUGGGGAUUUUUCAAUAGCUGGAAGCGCUUCCUCAGAAACUGCUACCCAAGCAAUUUCCACCAACAACUUUGAUGAUAUCUUUGGCCUGGUACAGACAACUGUAUCCAGCCCUUCUGUUCCUGCUGUCCAGGGAGACCUUUUCUCUGAUGAUAUUUUUGGUUCACAGUCUUUAAUUGCACCUGCACCUACACAACCCAACACAGAGAAUGCUCUUGAUGGUCUUCUUGAUCCAGUUUUUGAUUCCACCAUCUUGACAGCCAUGGCUGACCAAAAAAAUAACAACCAAUGGCUUGAUGAUUUCUUGGGUUAAGGACGAGCUCAGGACGGGAGCUCCCAGGGGGCGGCGUAAUCACCGCCCGGGGGGGGGGGGGGGGGUUUAGGUCAGCCUG